AUGGAGAACCCGGUUGAAGAAAUAACGAAUGUAAUACAUCUGCUCACACAGUCACCGCCAUCAACACAACGACAAACCGUUGAAAAGUACUUCACACCCAAUGCUUCUUUCACGCAUCCAUUUUGCCGUACUGGGCAAUGGCCGAACUCCAGAUUGCUAGUUGGGCUGAUCUAUCGUUGGUACAAGAUCAUGAGUCCAAGCAUCGACAUCACAGUACAAAGUGUUGCUUACGAUGAAUCGAAUCUCAUCAUCUACGUCUCGAUAUUUCAGAUCUUCCGCAUCUGGCUUAUACCUUUCUACUAUGCACCGGUAUACUUGACCUCGGUCAUCAAGCUCGAACGCAACAACGACGAUAGGAAAUACUAUAUAGAAUCACAAGAUGACCUCUAUGCUAUAGACCAGUGGAUAAGAUUCAUUGCGCCAGGUGGCUGGAUACUAGUUUACUUAUGGCAGUUCUGGGCAUCCUUCUUUUGUGUCAUUGGCACCAUUGUGCUGCACCCAAUUACUCUACUAGAAGAGCGUGCCAGCAGAGGCGAUGGAGGCGAGAUCGAAUGGCAGAGAAAGAAGAAGCCAGUCGGACAAAUGGACGGCAUGAGCGCAGCAGAGGUUUUGCAGGGAACAGAGCUCAAGGGGCGAGUUAUUGGUUGA